CAAGAGAGUAGGCAAAGCGCAAGUGUAUCUAUAACUUUGCCAAAAAAAAUAUGAGGUCUAAGUUCAACAAUGACAAGGCGGCCACAUACGAAAAGCCGAAAUGGCUGCCAAAGCUGCAAGAAUAGACAUGUGAAGUGUGACGAAGGCCGGCCUAGCUGUCAAAAAUGUAGAGACUUCGGCAUACAAUGUGAUUUUUCGGACAUCAGCUCGACUUUCAGUACUCCCGAAGGCACUCCACCACCUGACUCGAUUCCUUCGAGCCAAAAAAAGCGUGGACGACCGCGAAAAGGCUGGAAUUAUGUGCCUCAGAAUCCUGCCAAUUCUUCAUAUUCGAACUCUUCAGAGAGUACCGGCAUCUCGAAUAUAGACGAUCUGCGGUUACUGCUUCAGUAUACGGAGAAGACAGCUCUGACCUUCACCAAGGGUAGGCGAGUCACGAGAAUGUGGCAAUCCGCGGUACCAGAACUUGGUUUAAAACAUCCAUUUGUGCUCGAACUUUUGCUUUCAUUCGCAGCUUUUCAUCUAAGCCAGACUUCCACUGAUCGGAGGGAUCGUUUUUUGUACUUAGCUGAAAAGCAUCAGUCAGCCGGUCUAGUGGGACUAACAGCAGCAAUAGCAAACAUAGGCUCUUCCAAUGGUGUUGCAGUUUAUGUGUCAGUCAUUUUGACUUGCUACCUGCACCUUGCAAAAGGUCCGAUAGACGGCGACUACCUUCUCUUCAGCAGUGAAGGAUCACCUCCCUGGCGCACAAUGUUCCGCGGAAUAAAGUCCGUCGACGAAAUUACAUCAGGAAAGGCCUUUGACGUCUUGCUUAGGAAUGUAGACGAUUUAGUGGAUGAGGAGCCUAUUGAGACCGAUGAUAAGGUGGUUUUACACUGUCCUCAGCGACUUUGGUUUGAAGUCUUUGAAGAUCUGCGACGACACCCAGCGUUUCAAGAUGGAAGCAAAGUCGAUGUCAAAAUCAAAAUUCUGGAAAGUUUGAGUGACAUUUUCAAACGAACAUUUGGUACAAUCGAAGAUCAUCCCGAAAAUCCCGGUGAGACUGGACAUCUUCCAUUUGCAUGGUUGUAUUCGGUCGAUGAUACUUUUCUUCAGCUGGCACAGGAACGCGACGCUGUCUCCCUUGUCAUCUUGUCAUUCUUUGCGUUACUGCUAAAGCGACUUGACUCGCAUUGGUGGCUCAAAGGAUGGGCGGAGCACAUUGUCCUCUCCAUUCGCAACUUGGUACCUAGCGAGUACCAUCGAUUCAUAGACUGGUCAGUAGAGCAAAUGCAAACUAUUUGAGCUGAAUCAAAG